UUCCUUUUCGGCAGAAUAUGACAGAUACCUAGCAUCUAGCAAAACUAUGGCAGCAGCUUAUCUAGACCCAAACUUGAAUCAUACGCCAAGCUCAAGCACAAAAACGCACCUCAGUUCCGGGGUGGAACGUUCUCCGGGGACAAUGGAACGGGUCCUGAAAGUUUUUCAUUAUUUUGAAAGCAACAGUGAACCGACAACGUGGGCCAGUAUUAUCCGACAUGGAGAUGCCACAGAUGUUUGGGGCAUAAUUCAGAAGAUCGUGGACUGUCACAAAGUAAAAAAUGUCGCCUGUUUCGGUUUACGGCUUAGUCACCUACAGUCCGAGGAAGUUCACUGGCUGCAUCCAGAUAUGGGGGUCUCCAACGUGAGAGAGAAAUUCGAAGUAGGACAUGCACCAGAGGAAUGGAAGUACGAGUUGCGAAUUCGAUACUUACCGAAAGGAUUUCUGAACCAGUUUACUGAAGAUAAGCCAACGUUAAAUUUUUUAUACCAGCAGGUGAAAAAUGACUAUAUGCUAGAGAUAGCAGAUCAGGUGGACCAGGAAAUUGCCUUGAAGCUAGGUUGCCUUGAAAUCCGGAGAUCAUACUGCGAAAUGAGAGGCAACGCAUUGGAUAAAAAGUCCAACUACGAAGUCUUAGAGAAAGAUGUCGGUUUAAGAAGAUUUUUUCCAAAGAGUUUACUGGAUUCAGUAAAGGCCAAAAAUCUACGAAAGAUGAUACAGCAAACGUUUCGACAAUUUGCCAACCUCAAUAGAGAAGAAAGUAUUUUGAAAUUCUUUGAGAUUCUCUCACCGGUAUACCGAUUCGAUAAGGAAUGCUUCAAGUGUGCCCUUGGAUCCAGCUGGAUUAUUUCAGUGGAAUUGGCCAUCGGUCCAGAAGAAGGAAUCAGCUACCUUACGGACAAAGGAUCCAAUCCCACCCAUUUGGCAGAUUUCCAUCAAGUACAGACCAUCCAGUAUUCAACUAAUGAAGACAAGGACCGAAAAGGAAUGCUCCAGAUGAAAAUUGCCGGAGCACCAGAGCCUCUGACAGUGACAGCACCGUCCUUAACCAUUGCAGAGAACAUGGCGGACUUGAUAGAUGGCUAUUGCCGACUGGUCACGGGGGCGACACAGUCUUUUAUUAUCCGACCCCAAAAAGAAGGUGAACGAGCUUUACCAUCCAUACCAAAGCUGGCCAACAACGAGAAGCAAGGCAUACGGUCACAUACGGUGUCUGUAUCAGAAACAGAUGACUAUGCAGAGAUCAUAGAUGAAGAAGAUACGUAUACCAUGCCUUCAACCAGGGAUUAUGAGAUUCAGAGGGAGCGGAUUGAACUGGGACGCUGCAUCGGUGAAGGGCAGUUUGGUGAUGUUCACCAAGGAGUUUAUGUCACUCCAGAAAACCCUGCCAUGGCAGUUGCAAUCAAAACGUGUAAAAACUGUACUUCAGACAGCAUCAGAGAGAAAUUCUUGCAAGAAGCCUUAACGAUGCGUCAAUUUGACCACCCCCACAUUGUCAAGCUGAUUGGCGUCAUUACGGAAAACCCUGUCUGGAUCAUUAUGGAGCUGUGUACUCAGGGAGAGCUGAGAUCGUUUCUCCAAGUCAGAAAAUACAGCUUAGAUCUGGCGUCUUUGAUACUUUACGCUUAUCAACUUAGCACCGCCCUUGCCUACUUAGAGAGCAAACGGUUUGUACAUAGGGAUAUUGCUGCUAGAAAUGUACUGGUGUCCUCUACAGACUGUGUGAAACUAGGUGAUUUUGGUUUGUCUCGGUAUAUGGAAGAUAGCACAUAUUAUAAAGCUUCAAAAGGAAAAUUGCCCAUCAAGUGGAUGGCCCCAGAAUCCAUCAACUUCCGACGUUUUACCUCAGCCAGUGAUGUCUGGAUGUUUGGUGUAUGCAUGUGGGAAAUCUUAAUGCACGGCAUUAAGCCCUUUCAAGGGGUGAAGAACAACGACGUGAUUGGCCGGAUCGAAAACGGCGAGCGCUUGCCGAUGCCGCCCAACUGCCCGCCUACUCUCUACAGCCUCAUGACCAAAUGUUGGGCGUAUGAUCCCAGCAGGCGUCCGCGAUUUACGGAACUUAAAGCUCAGCUGAA